AUGGAGGUGUUCGUGGGCGGGCUGGACAAGGACGCGUCGGAGGAGGACGUCAAGCGCGUCUUCGGCCGCGUCGGGCAGAUCGCGCACGUUCGCCUGCCGCGCGACGCCGCGACCGGGCGCAACAAGGGCUACUGCUUCGUGCAGUACGCCACUGAAGGCGCUGCGCGCCGAGCUGCCUCUGAACUGGACCGAAUACUGGUGCGGGGGAGGCCGGUGGGGGUGUUGGGCGGCGAGCAGGAGGACACGCUGUUCAUCGGGAACAUCAACAAGACGUGGUCCAAGGCCAAGAUAGAGGCGGUGCUGGCGGGGGCUGGCGUGGGGGCGUGGGAGGCGCUGACGUUCAUGGAGGACCCGCAGCACGCGGGGCACAACCGCGGCUUUGCCUUCCUUGAGUUCGCCUCGCACCGCGCCGCCGCUGCCGCCAAGCAGCGCCUGCAGCAAGCGGACGUGAGCCUGGGCGUGGACCGCCCGCCCCGCGUCUCGUGGGCCGCGCCCCUCAACGAGCCCGACCAGCGCGUCAUGGCGCAGGUGAAGAGCAUUUUCGUGGACGGCAUGCCGCCCUCGUGGGACGAGCCGCGGGCGGCGGGGUUUUUCGGGCGGUACGGGCAGAUAGAGCGCGUGGUGCUGGCGCGCAACCUGCCGUCCGCCAAGCGGCAGGACUACGGGUUCAUCAACUACUCCACUCGCGAGGCUGCCCUCGCUGCCAUUGCUGCCCUCAACGGCUCACAAGUCGUGGAUGGAAACUUCCAGAUGAAGAUGCGUGUGACUCUGGCCAAGCCGCAGGACCGCAAGCCGCGCCACCCGCCUCCCGGCGGCAGGGCGGGAGGGGGGGAGCAGCGCCGGGCGGACUUUGGGGACGGCAGCGUGACGGCACUGCUGGAGGCGCUGAGGGAGCAGGCAGAGCGCGAGGAGCGCGGGGAGGGCGCACAGGGGGCGCAAGCUGGGGAGGGGGAAGGCGCAGGGGCGGAGGUCAAAACGGAGGGUGGUGGCGAUGGGUCGAGUGGAGUGGGGACAGGGGAGGGGGUGAAGCAGGAAGGAGGGGGCGUGAGGGAGCAGGAGGGAGGGUUGGCAGGGAGUGCAGCGGCGGCAGUAGAAGCAGCUCUGGCAAACGAAUCCAAGGGUGCGGGCGAUGGGGAGGGGGACGCAGAAGGGGAAACAGAGGAAGGGGCAGAGGGGGAGGCAGGGACGCCAGGGAAAGCGCGUGCGGGGGAGAGGGAGGGGAAGAACACGGCAGGGCUGAAUCGGUUUGAGUGUGCGGUGUGUGUGUUUGGGUCGGACGACGAGAGCGAGUACCUGUCGCACCAGCUGUCGCGCGUGCACAGCAUCGUGAGCAUGUUCCGACAGGACCUGAAGCUGUCGAACAAGACGCCCCUCAGCAUGCUCAACGAGCUCGCCAUGCGCAACAAGAUCGAGGUGACGUACGAGCUCAAGGGCGAGCCAACAGGCCCCUUUGACGCGUCAGCUUCACUGGGGGGCGGGCCGAACGCCAUCCCGUGGGUGUGUGGCGAGGCGCGCGCGGGCAUGAAGCUGCGCGCCAAGCAGAUGGCGGCAGCAGCGGCGCUGGAGAUGCUGCUGCAGGCGGGCGUGGGGGAGAGCGAGCUCACCCGCCCGGGGCAGGCGCGCCUCAAGCAGAUGGGCAAGGGCAAGGGCGGCAGAGGCUCGCCUGGAGGGGCGCAGCGCGGGGGGCGAGGGGCGUAUGGCGGGCGCGGAGGGGGGGAUAGGGGCCGGGCGGAUAGGGAUGGUGGGGGGUAUGGGGGGUGGGGGACAGGGGACGUGGAAAGGGGAGUGGGUGGGUAUGGUUCCUUGGGGGUGUAUGGGGGAGGGGCGAUCGGCACGGGGUUGGGGGAGGCGGCAGCGGGGGAGAGUUACGCAGAGAGGCUGGGGCGCAUUCAGGGUAUGCACUACGUGAUGCGCUCGGGCCUGCCUCCUGUCUCGCCUAGCAUGCAGCCUCUUGCUCCUCCCGCUGCCCCACCGCUGGGUGCGGGCUUGGGGGCAGCGGCAGGGGGAUAUGGUGCUCCCAGCACGGGUUAUGCCGCCUCUGGGGCUGCAUAUGGUGGCCAGUAUGGUGGCGCGCAGUACAGUGCGGUGCAGCAGUACGGUGGCAAGUAUGGCGGGGCUUCGUACGGUGCGGUGCCGUACGGUGGGGCGCAGUAUGGAGGGGCGGCGUACGAGGGGCAGUAUGGGCGGGCAGAGGGAGCAGCGAGUGGAGGGAAGCGGCCGUACCCCCCUGCUGACAACCCUGACGGCCUUCAUGCCAGCCAGCGACCACGCACCGACCCCUACGCUCCCGCCGCUCCCCCCACACGCUCUGCCUACUCCAACCCCCCGCCCGCACACCCCUACAGCGCGCCUCCGCCUCCCCACCCCUACUCCACGCCUCCCGCUCAUCCCUACACCAACCCGCCACCAACACACCCGCCCCCCUCCAACCCUCCUUCCUCCUACCCCUCUGCGCACACCUAUCCCGCCCCACCCUCUUACCCGCCGUCCUACUCCUACCCUCCUGCCCCUUCUGCUCCAUACGGCACUGGGGGUGCAUCAUCCGCACCAGCCGCAGCACCACCACCAGCGCCACCCCCGUACUACCAGCAGCAGCACCCGCAGUCACAGCAGGCGGCCGGGGCGAGCAGCGGCAGCAGCGCAGGCGGUGCAGAGCGCUCCUACGCACACUCUCACCACUACUCGACCCAGCCGCAGCAGCAGCCGUAUCAGCAGCCGUACUCACAGCAGCAGCCGCCACCCCCGCAGCAGCCGUAUCAGCCACCAUACGAGCAGCCACAGCAGUACCAGCAGCCACAGCAGCAGCAGCAGCAACAGCAGCGGCAGCAGGCUUAUGAUCAGAAGCCCCCACAGCCGCCGCAGCAGCAGCAGCAACAGCAGCAAUCGGCAGCAGGGGUGGCAGAGAGAGGCCGUGGUGGAGAGGGAGGGGGACAACAGCAGGAAGUGAAGCGAGAUGGGGGAGGGCAGGGGGGCUAUGCAGGAGGGGCGCCGCCCCCCAGCACUGCAGGUGGUUACGGGGGUGCAUAUGGGGGCGCGUAUGCAGGCCUGUAUGGUAACACCCAUGCUGCCGCCACUUCCGCAGCUCCUGCUCCUCCCGCCGCCCAUGCUUCAGCGCCGCCCGCCCAGGCUCAGCCGCCACCGUCUGCUGGCCAGUCCCCUGCUCCUGCGGGUGGUGCGGGCGGUGGCGGGGGGGCAGCGGGUGCAGGCGGUGCGACGGGGACGAGUGCGUACGGGCAGUAUGCGUCGGUGCCCACCACCUACUACUGA